UUUGGGUCCAAUGAAACAGUACAUUUUAGUUACACAACUUCGUCGCUAGAUGGCAGAGGAAUAUUGCAUGAGAAGUGGAAGACAGUCGUUUGUUUACACUUGUUGCAAUGGCGACCAUCACUGAACUGAAGUGUGCCGUAAGGGAAACGCUGGAGUCCCGUGGUGUUCUGGGCCAGCUGAAGGCUCGUAUCCGGGCAGAGGUGUUCAGCGCCCUGGAUGACCAGCGUGAGCCUCGCCCGCCGCUGUCCCAUGAAAACCUGCUCAUCAACGAGCUUAUCCGGGAGUACCUGGAGUUCAACAAGUACAGAUAUACCGCUUCAGUCCUGACAGCAGAGUCAGGCCAACCUGAAGUUCCCUUGAACAGACAGUUCCUGGCCAAUGAGCUGAAAGUCAAUGAGGAUACAAGCUCCAAGUCUGUACCUCUCCUCUAUGGCUUGGUGAGCCACUUUGUAAACAGCGGUGAUAGUGUUGGAAAGGUGUUUCUGCGAGGUGCCUCUCUGCCUGCUGGUACUUCUGCCAGCAACACUGUACCUGGACCUGAUGCAUGAAUGUUGAAGCUGUUUUUGAACAGCAUUGACUAAGAGAAGCCUUUCAACACUCUUUUUUGGGAGGAUUAAAUGAUAAUCUUCUAUUGUACAAAGUUUUUCACUGAGUGUAAUCCACAGGCAUCACAGCAUGGACUCUGUGAAUGCUGCUCAAAGAAAUGCUCAAAUCCUUAUUGAUGUGUCAUGCAGUAAGUUGCUAAUUAUCUCAUACACCUUUUAUUGGUUAAGGUCAAAAUAUCUGGCAUUACUGAUAGCUUCAGCAUCAGUCAUGAUGAUGAUACCGCCUGCAUUGGUCCUUAUUGCAGGUUUCUUUCAAAUAUUCAGGCCUAAAAGUUAGGAUAACAUUCCUUGAAUUUUUCUCUUUUUUAUUUAACAAAUGUUUGAUACAUUUAUAAUGUUUUUUAAUUGUUCAAAAAUAAAGUUUUAUAUCUA